AUGAAUCCGGCAAACCAGGACUUUCGGGUAACAGCUGACGGGCGUGUGUUGGUGGGAAGGGAAACCCUUGACAGAGAAACGACAAGCAUGUAUCUCUUCACGGUAGUUGCUGCAGAUUCAGGGAAACCCUCUCUGUCAGCUACCGCACAGGUGCAAGUUCAUCUAGGCGACAUCAAUGACAACGCACCCACUUGGCUAUUCCCUCCAGAAUCUAAUGUAGUUGUGAACGUCACUAUCCACGAACCGGUGGGGCAUCAGGUAGCUCUGUUAAGAGCCAACGACCCUGACCUCGGUGAGAAUGGCCAAAUUAUUUUCAAAAUUAUGCAUGUAUCCGUACUAUCCAACACAGCGGUUACUAUUGACCCACACAACGACAGUCAAACGGAAAUCGAGUUGGUUAAACAGGAGAUGUUUGAACUGGACCCUUCGACCGGAGCUCUAUAUGUGGCUCGCCCGCUUCGAGUAUCUGACAUGGGUCUUGUCAAACUGCUCAUCGAGGCGAGUGAUAUGGGAAAACCGAACAAGUCGAGUCACCGCACAAUUCUUUUCAACAUAAUGGACUUUCAGCGUCCUAAAUACGUAGACUCAAGCAACAACCGAAUUAGCGCUCCCUUUACCUCUGGAGGCUCAGGUUUUCAGCAUCACGAUCUCGUGGUGAUUGUUGUGAUGGUAGCUGUUGCGAUAGUCAUCUCACUCUUUCUUAUUGUUGCUAUGCUCUUUCUGCGGUGUCCAGUUUGUCUCUUCCAUGAUCGACCCAUGAACAGUUACAACAACGUGGCCCAGACCACUGUCGGGUUACCGUCAAACCAUAUGGGUCCCUCUCAAGAAGCCUAUCUACCAGAAGUCUUCAGAGACUCCCAUGGAGUUGGUACACUAAGUGGGAAAGACGGCUCACUGGUGAGUGGAGAGGAGACCCUUUUUUAUCCUAUGGACCGAGACAAAAUCAUCCCUUCAAGGGGUUCAUCAACGGGAAAGAAUAUUCUCAAUAUUGAUUAUGAUGGAGCUCUUCAAGAUGGAAGUCUAACACAGUACCAGCAAAGCAGACAAUUUUUCAUUCUUACCAAACCUGACGGAGGCUACGCAGUCAGCAUGGACGGGACACCGAUUGAACUCUCAACAAUCGAUAACGCAAAUGGAGCUCAGCAUCACCACCAACAACAGCAGCAAAGCCAGCAACAUGCUUCGGAGGAGCAGGAUAUGAGAACCUCUCAGAGCGCCUCCUGCCUCUCUGGUCUCUCCUCCACUCAGCUCACCACCACUACGCCUACUGGGUACCACAGCGAAAGCGACUUUGAAGAGGAGCCUCUCGGUGCUAAGAAAAAUGCUUGGCGGCUUAAAAAGAGUUCUACAGCGGUUGACCGUACAGGCAGGACAAAGGCCGCUACAUUAGGAAGAACUACCAACCCACCUCAAAAUGGCUUCAAAGGGGAAAAUCUUUAUCCACAUGGUGGUGCGCAGGAGGCCUUGCGUCUUUUGACCACCAACUCACCUACCGCACCCUCAGGAAGCGGUGCAGCCACAUCGGAGGGGAUCAAGAAUAAACAGUGCUACACAAUGUUGGUUAACACCCCUAGCGCGACUCCAUCCAAGGUGACCGCAGAGCAGCUGCGCUAUGUGCAGAUUCACAACACCCCCACUCACCUUGGUAGGAGUUCACGCGGGAACGGAGGAAGUGGUGGAGGUGGAGGCAAGAAAUCGGCGCCCACCGUCAGUUGGCGGAUGGAACCGCACGAGCUGCACACCUAUUCACCAGAGGAUGAGUCGCGGGAGACCGCGCUUACUGGCGAAAGGACUUUUGUCGACCUUGAGAAUGGCUAUGCACGCCUUGGGAAGGGAGCAGAGACAAACGUCAUGCCACCCUACGAACAAUUAGUGCACCGCCUUCGCGACGUGAACAUAAGCAGAGAUGAGAUUACCGGCAGUGGCUCCUCUGAAUUUCCUAGUAGUGUGAUAUAA